CUAUUUGAAGCAUCCACUACAAGACUAAGACGUAAACGAAUAUUAUAUUGCAAAUUAUCUAUUCAUUUAAACAAAAUUAAAUAAUCUUUUUGUAUUUGAGUCUCAUUAAAAUACAAAAUACAUCAUUGUAAACAAGUUAAGCGCAACAAGGAAUUAAUUGUAACUAAUGGCUCAAGAGGAUGACGAAGAGGAUUUAACAUUUAACGUCGAUGAAGUGCAACAGAUAGUAAGAGACAAUGUAGAGUUGUGUUUGGGCGGGAACGCUUAUAGUCACUCAAGAACGCCACAGUGGAUAACUAUAAUCACAGAGAAGACCUUAGCUCGAUUGAAUAAAUUAAACAAGCCUUACAAAUAUAUCAUGAGAAUUACCAUAACUCAGAAGAAUGGUUCCGGUUUGCAUACAGCCGCUGCGUACUACUGGGACAUCGCUACAGAUGGCACGUGCACAGUGCGUUGGGAAAAUAAGUACAUGUAUUGCAUUGUGAAUAUAUGGGCGCUUGCUCUUCAAAUAUAGAAACCCACGGCGAAUAACGUUAUUUUUAAUGUAUGAUGAUGAGACGACUAGGUGUUCGAAAUGUUUCGCAGAAGCAGUAUACCAAGCUUAAAUAAAACAAUUUGGUAAAGCACA